AUGCCCCAGGCCGCAAAAUCCGUUGCAAAGCGGAUUCUCGACAUGUGGGACGAAAAAGGCACGAAACGCACAGCAAAUAUCGAUCUCGGAUCUGAUUCUUGUUUCGUAUCGUACCCUUCACCCUGCAUGCAUUGCGCGUUCGGUCUAGCAGAGGGGGAUCCUAGGUAUCUGUGUCGAAUAGAUAGCUUUGACAACGACGGGGACUGCAUCGAAUGCAUCUUGGCCCAAAAAAAGUGCACUUGGCUUGGCUUCUAUCCUUCUACGGAGGAAUGCCUCAAUUUACUCUAUCAGCGUAAAGUGGCGUGUUUAUCCCUUCAGAGGAAUGGGCGUUCCAAGAUUACUUUGGCGGCUCUCGACGUUAUGAUUCAAUAUGCGUUGAAGUAUUUGGUGGACAUGUGGAACAAUGCGCAUCUUGGGGAGCUAUAUUCGCCCGAUUGUUGCCAUGAUGAUCUCCCAGAUUCUACCCAGCAGAACAAGAACAAGAACAAGAACGGGAAAAAGAACAAGGAGAACAAGGAGGUAAUGCCAACGGGUUCUAGUUACAAAGCGAGUGCCGCCAAAGCAAGUGCCGCCAAAGCAAGUGCCGCCAAAGCUGCCGAAACAAAGGUGUCAUCAUCUGGUGAUAUCUCUUCAAAGAUUCCGCACACGCCUUAA